GCCUUGAGUGAAAUCUGACAGAAGAUGUUCCCACCGUUUGCUCUCUGGAAGUGUUUCCCCCACGGGAUCCUCAUUGCCUCUCUCUUGGUAGGCAGCUGGGGCCAGUAUGAAGAUGAUUGCAAACUAGCUAGGGGAGGACCACCAGCUACCAUUGUGGCCAUUGAUGAAGAGAGUCGGAAUGGUACAAUUCUGGUGGACAACAUGUUGAUUAAGGGAACUGCCGGAGGACCAGACCCCACCAUUGAGCUCUCUUUAAAAGACAACGUGGACUACUGGGUGUUGCUGGACCCCGUUAAACAGAUGCUUUUCCUGAACAGUACCGGAAGAGUUCUGGAUAGAGACCCACCAAUGAACAUACACUCCAUCGUAGUGCAAGUCCAGUGUGUCAACAAGAAGGUUGGCACAGUUAUCUAUCAUGAAGUACGCAUCGUGGUGCGGGAUCGGAAUGACAACUCACCUACGUUCAAGCAUGAAAGCUACUACACCACUGUGAAUGAGCUCACUCCGGUUGGUACUACAGUAUUCACGGGGUUUUCAGGAGACAAUGGAGCGACAGACAUAGAUGAUGGCCCUAAUGGACAAAUAGAAUACGUCAUUCAGUACAACCCAGAAGAUCCGACGUCCAAUGACACCUUCGAAAUUCCACUCAUGUUGACUGGCAACGUGGUGCUGAGGAAAAGACUCAACUAUGAGGACAAGACUCGAUACUACGUCAUCAUCCAAGCGAACGACCGUGCACAAAAUCUGAAUGAGAGAAGAACAACCACCACCACCCUCACAGUAGAUAUUCUAGAUGGAGAUGACCUUGGACCUAUGUUUCUGCCUUGUGUUCUUGUGCCAAACACCCGUGACUGCCGUCCACUCACCUACCAAGCUGCCAUUCCUGAACUGAGAACUCCGGAAGAACUGAACCCUAUUUUGGUGACCCCACCUAUCCAAGCCAUUGAUCAGGACCGAAACAUCCAACCACCAUCUGAUCGACCUGGCAUCCUCUACUCCAUCCUUGUCGGCACCCCUGAGGAUUAUCCCCGCUUCUUCCAUAUGCAUCCCAGGACUGCAGAACUUACUCUCCUGGAGCCAGUAAACAGAGACUUUCAUCAAAAAUUUGAUUUGGUUAUUAAGGCCGAGCAGGACAAUGGCCACCCGCUGCCUGCCUUUGCUAGUCUACACAUCGAAAUACUGGACGAAAACAACCAGAGCCCAUACUUCACAAUGCCCAGCUAUCAAGGAUACAUCCUGGAAUCCGCCCCAGUGGGAGCCACCAUUUCUGAGAGCCUAAACUUAACCACCCCUCUGAGAAUUGUAGCUCUGGACAAAGACAUAGAAGACACUAAAGAUCCAGAACUUCACCUUUUCCUGAACGAUUACACCUCGGUCUUCACUGUGACACCCACCGGUAUCACCCGCUACCUCACCCUGCUUCAACCUGUGGACAGGGAGGAACAGCAAACCUAUACCUUUCUGAUAACAGCGUUUGAUGGCGUGCAAGAAAGUGAGCCAGUCGUGGUCAAUAUCCGAGUGAUGGAUGCAAAUGAUAACACACCCACCUUCCCCGAAAUCUCCUAUGAUGUCUAUGUUUACACAGACAUGAGUCCUGGGGACAGUGUCAUUCAGCUGACGGCGGUAGACGCUGAUGAAGGAUCUAAUGGGGAGAUCUCCUAUGAAAUACUGGUGGGGGGCAAAGGAGACUUCGUGAUCAACCGGACCACGGGGUUGGUGAGCAUCGCACCAGGAGUGGAGCUGAUCGUGGGACAGACAUACGCACUCACAGUGCAGGCCUCGGACAACGCCCCACCUGCAGAGAGAAGGCACUCCAUCUGCACCGUGUACAUCGAGGUACUGCCUCCCAACAACCAGAGCCCUCCCCGCUUCCCUCAGCUGAUGUACAGUCUGGAAGUCAGCGAGGCCAUGAGGAUCGGCGCUGUUUUAUUAAAUCUACAGGCAACUGAUCGAGAGGGAGACCCAAUCACAUAUGCCAUCGAGAAUGGAGACCCUCAGCGAGUUUUUAAUCUUUCAGAAACCACAGGGAUUCUCAGCCUAGGGAAGGCUCUAGACCGGGAGAGCACGGACCGCUACAUCCUCAUCGUCACAGCCUCAGAUGGCAGGCCGGAUGGAACCUCAACGGCCACUGUGAACAUAGUGGUGACAGAUGUCAAUGACAACGCUCCUGUGUUUGAUCCCUAUCUGCCCAGAAACCUCUCUGUGGUGGAGGAAGAGGCCAAUGCCUUUGUGGGUCAAGUCCGGGCAACAGACCCAGAUGCUGGGAUAAACGGCCAAGUGCACUACAGCCUGGGGAAUUUCAACAACCUCUUCCGCAUCACAUCCAAUGGAAGCAUUUACACAGCCGUGAAGCUGAACAGGGAAGCCAGGGACCACUAUGAACUGGUUGUUGUGGCAACAGAUGGAGCAGUACACCCUCGACAUUCAACUCUGACACUGUACAUCAAGGUGCUGGACAUUGAUGAUAACAGUCCUGUUUUUACCAAUUCAACGUACACUGUUGUUGUUGAAGAGAAUCUGCCAGCUGGGACCUCCUUCCUUCAAAUAGAGGCCAAGGAUGUUGAUCUUGGAGCCAAUGUGUCAUAUCGGAUCAGAAGCCCGGAAGUGAAGCACCUCUUUGCACUGCAUCCAUUUACUGGGGAAUUGUCUCUUCUGAGGAGUUUGGAUUACGAGGCCUUUCCUGACCAAGAGGCAAGCAUCACAUUCUUGGUGGAGGCCUUUGAUAUUUAUGGGACGAUGCCACCUGGAAUAGCAACAGUCACAGUAAUUGUGAAGGACAUGAAUGACUACCCUCCGGUUUUUAGCAAACGCAUCUACAAAGGGAUGGUGGCUCCAGAUGCGGUCAAGGGGACACCGAUCACCACCGUUUAUGCUGAAGACGCAGACCCACCUGGGUUGCCUGCAAGUCGGGUGAGGUAUCGAGUAGACGAUGUUCAAUUUCCAUACCCGGCCAGUAUUUUUGAUGUAGAGGAAGAUUCCGGAAGAGUAAUAACCCGAGUCAAUCUUAAUGAAGAGCCUACAACAAUUUUUAAGCUGGUGGUUGUGGCUUUUGAUGAUGGUGAGCCUGUGAUGUCCAGCAGUGCCACCGUGAGAAUUCUUGUCUUACAUCCUGGAGAGAUCCCACGCUUCACCCAAGAGGAAUACAGACCUCCUCCUGUAAGCGAGCUUGCUGCCAGAGGGACAGUAGUUGGUGUCAUUUCUGCUGCCGCCAUCAAUCAGAGCAUCGUGUACUCCAUUGUGGCAGGGAAUGAGGAAGAUAAGUUUGGGAUCAACAAUGUCACUGGUGUCAUCUACGUGAAUUCGCCAUUGGAUUACGAGACACGGACCAGCUAUGUGCUUCGGGUACAAGCAGAUUCUCUGGAAGUGGUCCUCGCCAAUCUCCGAGUCCCUUCAAAAAGCAAUACAGCUAAGGUGUACAUUGAGAUUCAAGAUGAAAAUGAUCACCCCCCGGUGUUCCAGAAGAAAUUCUACAUUGGAGGUGUGUCUGAAGACGCAAGGAUGUUCGCGUCUGUGCUCAGAGUGAAGGCUACCGACAGGGACACAGGAAAUUACAGUGCCAUGGCCUACAGACUCAUCAUACCACCGAUCAAAGAGGGCAAAGAGGGCUUUGUGGUGGAAACAUACACAGGGCUCAUCAAGACAGCCAUGCUCUUCCACAAUAUGAGGAGAUCCUACUUCAAGUUUCAAGUGAUUGCGACUGAUGACUACGGGAAGGGGUUGAGCGGGAAAGCGGACGUACUGGUCUCCGUGGUCAAUCAACUGGAUAUGCAGGUCAUUGUCUCCAAUGUGCCCCCUACAUUAGUGGAAAAGAAGAUAGAAGAUCUUACGGAGAUUUUGGAUCGCUAUGUUCAGGAGCAAAUUCCUGGUGCCAAGGUGGUGGUCGAGUCCAUAGGUGCCCGCCGCCAUGGAGACGCCUUCUCCCUAGAAGACUAUAGCAAGUGCGACCUGACUGUCUAUGCCAUCGACCCUCAGACCAACAGAGCCAUUGACAGAAAUGAGCUUUUUAAGUUCCUGGACGGCAAACUGCUUGAUAUCAAUAAAGACUUCCAGCCACAUUAUGGAGAAGGAGGGCGCAUUCUGGAGAUUCGGACUCCUGAGGCAGUGACAAGCAUCAAGAAGAGAGGAGAAAGCUUGGGGUACACAGAAGGGGCCUUGCUGGCCCUGGCCUUCAUCAUCAUCCUCUGCUGCAUCCCAGCCAUCUUGGUCGUCUUAGUGAGCUAUCGACAGUUUAAAGUACGCCAGGCUGAGUGCACGAAGACCGCAAGAAUUCAGUCUGCCAUGCCUGCAGCCAAGCCUGCAGCUCCUGUACCUGCUGCGCCCCCGCCCCCGCCGCCACCACCACCACCAGGAGCACAUCUCUAUGAGGAGCUGGGAGAGAGUGCCAUGCAUAAGUAUGAGAUGCCCCAGUAUGGAAGUCGCCGCCGACUGCUGCCACCUGCUGGACAGGAGGAAUACGGCGAGGUUAUUGGUGAAGCUGAAGAGGAAUAUGAAGAGGAAGAGUGGGCAAGAAAAAGAAUGAUCAAGUUGGUGGUCGAUCGCGCGUACGAGAGCAGCUCUGCUGGGGAAGACAGUGCCCCUGAGUCGCAGAGAAGCAGAACUCAGGAGCCCAGGGGCCACAGCAAUGUCAACGGCAACAUCUACAUCGCACAGAAUGGCUCCGUGGUGAGAACGCGCCGUGCCUGCGUCGCUGAUAACUUGAAGGUGCCUUCCCCUGUGUUGCUUGGGAGGCAUCUGAAGAAAAUAGACAAGAUGACAGGGACACAUGAGGAGAAUGUGCCCCUGAACACGCUGUUCAAGGGGCCAUUUUCCACAGAGAAAGCGAAAAGAACCCCAACUCUGGUCACAUUUGCUCCCUGUCCUGUGGUGGCUGAGCACCCGGCAGUGAAGCCAUCGGGGACCAGGCUGAAAAACACAGCUGAGCAGAAGUCCAUGGUAGACAGUAGGCUCUCUAGAGAGUCGAUGGAAUUCCACGGUGACAACACACCAUCAGAUGAGGAGGAGCUCUGGAUGGGUCCGUGGAACAGCCUCCAUAUACCAAUGACAAAACUCUGACCAAUAAAAAUAAUAAUAAUAAUAAUAACUUAGUUUUUACUUGUUUUUAAUGAACUCUGCUUUUUAUUGUCACAAAAAUCAACAUAUGGGGUUUAUCACAUGUGCACAACCUAACACUUCGAACGAUCUGCUUUUUUAAUAAAAAAGAAAGAGAGAUAUCAUUUGUAUCAAUGAAUUGUUAGCCCCAAGAAAAACCUUUAUGGACAGACUGAAUUCCCUAAAUAACAUUACUUCAAAGUCUAGUUUGAAUUGUUUGGUUGCGUCUUGAAUUAGUUUUUUUUCCAUUGUAAUAAACAAGGAAUCGUUUAUAUUUUUUGCUUAACAUAGAUUGACAGCACAUUUUCUGCACAUGUAAUUUUAUUUUCUAUGGGGUAACGGAUUUUUAUAGGUAUGAGAUUUAUACAGCUACUGUCUGUACUGUGCUGACUUUAUAAAAGAAGAUAGGCUUACAAAGCAGCAGUACAGGUGGAAAUCACUUGUAAGUUACUUUUAAUCCUGAAGUUACUUUACAUAGUAUCCACAAUGUCGUUUUUAAAGAUUUUUUGAAGGAAUAUUUUUGGCCUUAGGAAGAGCAUUCGAGGUCAAAGCUUUUGUAAAACAAAACAAACAAUAAACCAUAAUUUACAGUUUUACCUGGUGCACACCCCACAUGUGUCUACACACAUUCUGUGUGUUUCACAUGUAGCAAAUAAUUUAACAACAUUUGCAAUUUGGUAACUGUGUGGAGCAACAUUAUAAACCUCACUCUCAACAAAAGCUUGGUGAGGAGGAGAGGCGAUCAAGAAGCUAAUAAUGCUUCUCGAACCCAUGUUCAGUCAAUGACGUGGCAAGGCAGAGAAGUCUCGCCUACUGUGACUAGACAGGAAUACCUUAUAAGCCCAGAAUAGGAUAUGUCAGGGUCAUGGACUUAUUUAAUUUGUUAAAUGCCUAUCUAUACAGGCUGCAACUCCACAGCUUCACUGUGCUGGAGCACCUAACUUCUCACGGAUCUCGUUUAUUUGUAGAUGAUUUUAGUGCACAUAUUUAUGUCCUAUGAUCUAGAGCCAGAAAACAAUUGUCUGCACAUUGAUUUUAAUCAAAGAACACAGCUUUCAUUUUUCCACCUCUGAACAACAACAACAAACACAGUGUCUUGCCAUUAAUAGAAACUAAACAAAAUAGUCUUUUAAAAAUUGCCUUGUGUGUUGCCUGUUCUGAAGCAUUAGAAAGGACGACCAAUGUAGGUUAAGGGGCUUCAGAAUUUAAUUGAACACAUCUUAGUGUGCUGUAGAUAUGUCUCACUUCAAAUUUUGCAUUGUAUUGAGCGAGUUCAUAUUUCAACUAAAUUCCUUUGGCCAUGCUUAUUAUGUGGUUGAAGAACUGAAUAGUGGAUUAUUGUUUAUUUAUUGCCUUUACGUGGUUCAAAUUUUAUAAUGGUUUUUGCAAUGUUGUUUUCUUAUUUACAAGGUAAAGGAAUUAUAUUUACCAACUCACCAAUUUCUGUGACCAGUAUGUUUUUAUUUCAGAUAUCUGAACAAACUUGGACAUUUCAUUUUUGGGGGGGAGAAUUAAUUCCUUUUUAUACCCUUAGAAGACCCAUCAGCAUUAAUAGUGAUGAUGGAAAUACAGAAUCCUGUCUACACCCGCAGGCUUAUUAACAAGGAUGUACAUCUUCACAGUAUCUAAGAUGGCUUGUAUGCACAUUUAAGUUUAUGAAGCAAUGAUAUACGGCCAGUCCUUCAGGCACCAAAGCAAUUUUUUGUUACAUAAAAUAUUUUAUAUAGAUCUCAAAUUAAGCACUCAUACUUCCCUACUAGCUGAUCACUAAAUAUAAUUUAAUAUUUUUAUGGCAUUUCAUGGUAAUGAUUACCAGCCUCUGUACUCUUUUGUACAUAGAGAUCUGUAUUUUUUUUUCCUUCCUUUAGCUUCUGGAUGUAAAAUUUAACUUAUCUGUUGCUGUCCUCAUCACAGAUGUCUUUUCUUUCUUUUGAGCCAAGGUCUCUUAUGUUCUGAUAAGGAAGUCUGUUGCAUUUCAUUUUGAUUAUUGCUAUUGGAAAAAAAAUAAACUUAAGAUGAGGGUUACGAUAAGAGAACUUUAUAAAAAAAGCUGUGAGGAUCUCGGAAAAUUUCUGUGGUCACUGUUAAGAUAUGAGGAGAGUUCUGAAGAUCAGCAUUUUGCCGAAGGCCAAUGUCGUAACAUGAUAGAAAACACAGUGUUUUCAAAAUAAUACACUGUGAGACAAUAUGCAGCUAUGAAAACCCAGGGGGGGCACUCAUAUUUCAGCACUUACAAGAUGAUCAUUUUGAUAUCAAUGAUCAUGAAGCUAAUCUAUUCCUGGGUGCGAUAAAGAUGAGCAGCCUUGAUGUGGAACACCCAAAUCAAAUAUUUGGUUUGUAUAUUUAGAGGAAAGAGACAGCCCUAAAACUCUGGCUGAAUAAAUCUGGAUUAGCUGAGUCACGACACUCAAACAGGACUUGGAAUAACCUAUGAAAUCCUGACUCAUGAUUAAACCUGUAGAACAUGGGGAAAAUAUUUAGGUGUGGUUAAUCUUAAAAAGAAUUAACAUAGAUAGUAUUUACAUGUAAGUUUGUAUAAGGAAAUUUGUGCCUGAUUUCCCUAGAAGGGCAUAGGAAGUUUCUUUUGCUUUUGUUCUUAAUGAACACCAGCCUUCAGUAAGGAAGAGAAAGAAAAAAAAAAAAAAACUGCAGCUCCCAAUGAACCAAUAUACACAGCAAAUCCCAUCACAGUUCUGUUGUGACCUGUGACUUCAGAAGCCUUGUAGACACAAAAUUCCAGGAAGAAGCAAAGUAGUCAUUGUGGUGAGGUAUUGGUCACUCGGUGACCAUUAGCCCACAGUGUCCUCCAAGUCUCUAGAUUUAUUCUUAUUGACUGAAAACCACGAGAGCUGUCACAGAAUUCCAAUUGAAUAGCAUCCCAAAGGACCUUCUUAAAGUACAGGAAAAGGCUUUCCUGAGGUCCCCACUGUCAGCAAUGAUGUUAAAACAUGUUGUUUGCCCUCUGUUGGUCUUCCAAAGAGUCACUGAAGCUACGAUCAAAAUGUUACCGAUAACAUUUAUGUAUCCAAGAGUAAGAAGUCAUUAGAUAUUAAUUAGUGAGAGGAGCCAUCAUCUUUCUUCCUUUCACGGGUCUUCUUUAAUCUCUUGUUCUGCUUUGUUUAUUCAUUGCCUUCCACCUUACACAAUAUGUAGAAUUUCCAACACUACUUCAGUUCACUCGUGAGAUGAGCAGAAAGCGCUAAGACUCUAUUCUCAGGGCAGAUGCCUCCUGUGCCUGUAAAUACCACGGUGGUGCAUCUGAGGAGUAAGUUCCAAUAGUAUCCAGGACUUUAUUUCCUAUAGAAAGUUUCUCCCUAAUACAGGGUGAUCACAUGAAUUCCUUGUUGUGUUUCUCUCUUGUUUUAGCAUUAGCUGAUUCUGUUCACUUUGUUUUUUCCAUUGAAGUCUAGUAAGUUUAUGGUAAGUUAAGCACAUGUAUGAAGAAUGUGAACGUUGUCUAUAGUUUGUGAAAUUACCAGGACGCUUUCUCAAUUCCUUUACCCAAACGCCUGUUCUUCCUUAAAUAUGUUAUUUUAUAGUAUGAAGAAAAUCAAGUAUAAAGUCUGGGUUAAAAUACAUUGUUAUACAAUUACACAAUGUUUUACAAAUAAA